AUCUUAUAAUCACAUAAAUAACAUGACUUGUUUGAGAUAAUAAGUAAUGCAAAUUUUGUACACUCUCUGCACAAAAUUCUACUACUAAAUAGUUGUGUGAUUCACAAAAAGUAGGCUAUAGUUUGAUUUGAGUUUUUGUUUUAGUAAAGAAAUUAUUGUAUGAGCCAAUCUUUUUUUUUUUUUUUUUGGAGGACAAGUCUGCAAUUAAUUGUAUCUGGAAAGUAUCACUAAUUUACUUCUUAGUUUCAUUUUAUAUGACUAUUUUUGAUUGGAUAUAUAAUUUAAGAUAUUAAUAUUUUACAGGAGCAUGUUUGUAUUUAAUAUUAAUGAUAGUGAAAAUAUAUAUAUAUAUUAUAUUAAAUAAUUAAAAAGUUAGUUCACAGAGCUCAAAGUUCUAAUUGUUUAAUAUAAUUGUAUUCUUGAAAAUUGUAAAAAUUGAUACUACUAAAGUAGUACUAGUAGAAUAUCUCAAAGAUUUUGUUUAUGAUUUAAAAACUGUUUUCCAUGGUUAUGUUACGCCAUCUUAACUCAUCAGCUUAUACAAGUGUCUGUCACUCUUGAAAAAAUUGUCUCAUUAAAAGAAAGGUUUGAACUUCGAGCCAACUCUUAACAAAUUUCGUGUACUUUUAGUGUAUCCACGUGCUCACAUUCUCAACGUUUUGCAAAAUUUUAAAAAGAUUUGAUCAUUUAUUAUAAAUACUGUCUUUUCUUGAAGUUGAGCUAAUUUCAGAGACCGGGGUUGGUCAGAAAGUUUACUUUAUUUGCAGACAAAUGUUCUUACUUUGUGUAGCUUUUUAUAAGUUCUUUUGAGUAUCAUUUGGUGGAUAUUUCAAAUUUGAAUAGUGGAAACUUGUAGCUGCUUAGUUUGAGUUGGAUUGAGGUGAGAUGGAGGAAAGGUAUGAGCCAUUGAAGGAACUUGGUUCUGGUAAUUUUGGGGUGGCAAGGCUAGUGAGGGACAAGAAGACUAAGGAACUUGUUGCUGUCAAAUACAUUGAAAGAGGGAAUAAGAUUGACGAGAAUGUGCAGAGGGAGAUCAUAAAUCACAGAUCAUUGAGGCAUCCUAACAUUAUCCGAUUUAAAGAGGUAUUGUUAACUCCUACACAUUUAGCAAUUGUGAUGGAAUAUGCAGCAGGGGGAGAACUUUUUGCUAGAAUAUGCAGUGCCGGAAGAUUUAGUGAAGAUGAGGCUCGCUUCUUCUUCCAACAACUAAUAUCUGGAGUCAGCUACUGUCAUUCAAUGGAAAUCUGUCACAGGGAUUUGAAACUGGAAAACACACUCCUUGAUGGAAGCCCAACACCACGUCUUAAAAUAUGUGAUUUUGGCUAUUCUAAGGUUGCCGACGUGUGGUCAUGUGGGGUGACACUGUAUGUGAUGUUAGUAGGAGCAUACCCUUUUGAGGAUCCUGAAGAUCCUAGAAAUUUCCGUAAAACUAUCCAGAGAAUAAUGAGCGUCCAGUACUCCAUACCCGAUUAUAUACGAAUAUCUGCAGAUUGCAUGAACCUUCUGUCUCGAAUAUUUGUUGCGAAUCCAUCAAAGAGGAUCACUAUUCCAGAGAUAAAGAAACACCCCUGGUUUCUAAAGAAUUUGCCGAAAAACUUGAUGGAUGGCAAGAACGCGAAUUAUGGAGAAUCUUCUGAUCAGCAACAGCAAAGAGUCGAAGAUAUAAUGCGGAUCAUACAAGAAGCAACGAUCCCUGGAGAAGGUUCAAAACCCAGGCAAGCACCUGCAGGGGCAACAGCUGAGCCCGAUGACAUGGAAGGUGACCUGGAAUCUGAAAUUGACAUCAGUGGUUAUUUCGUCGAUCAUAUCUGAGGUUUACAUUGUGAACUAGACUGAAAAAAGUUGUAGCAUGCAAUUCUGACUUGCUUAUAUAUAAUGUAAAGAAGACUAUAUGUUUUUGAUUAUGCACAGAAAUAUGAGUUUCAGGUGUGCUCAACUGUAUGAGAUGUACUCAGCCAGCAACUAGAGUUAUGUGUUUACUGUUCUUUUAACAAUGGACA